CGCUGCCAUUUUGAAACGGCAGUGCUUUUUGUUCGUGUGGAGCGUUUGCUCGUUGUGAGGAGUAUCUUGUGUUUAAGUGUAGUUUUAUUUUUAAUUGAACUUAAUCAAAAUGAGCUGGCAAGAUUAUGUCGACAAACAGUUAAUGGCAUCUAGAUGUGUCACAAAAGCUGCCAUUGCCGGUCAUGAUGGCAAUGUGUGGGCAAAGUCGGAAGGCUUCGAAAUUUCAAAAGAUGAAGUGGCGAAGAUUGUGGCUGGCUUUGAGAAUGAAUCACUGCUAACGAGUGGCGGCGUGACGAUAGCGGGCACGCGGUACAUCUACCUCAGUGGCACAGACCAUAUCAUCCGCGCGAAGCUUGGCAAGGUCGGCGUGCAUUGCAUGAAGACACAGCAAGCUGUGGUCAUUUCUCUCUAUGAAGAACCCAUCCAACCUCAGCAGGCCGCAUCUGUCGUGGAGAAGUUAGGAGAAUAUUUAAUUACCUGUGGUUAUUAGAGGUCGAAGCUCGCCGUGAUCUAAGAGUACUAUAAGAUAAUAUUUUUUCCACGGGGAAAUAAGUAACUGCAUUUUGUAUAUUCUAUAAAGUGAUAAGAGGACCGUUCAUUUGUUUUGAUAUUCGAUAAAUUAUGGCGGCGUAAUCAGUGUGAUGAGUUUAGUGUGCACAUGUGAUUAUUUUGUGGAUUCUGGACCCUUUUUAUACGCUCACCGUCUCCUCAAAAUAAUUAUUACUGCAUAAUGAAUUAAAUUUGUAUUAAAAUUUUGCUUUUAUUGACCAGUCAUAGUGAAGCAUUUUUAGCUUUGCAUAGCUGAUCUCAAACAAAGCAUGAAGUAUAGAGAUUUUUAGGCUUCUUAUCAAGCAUCAUUGUACGUAAGUAACUUCACGGACUGCUAAGCUGUUGUUCAGUUGGACAUAGCACAAAAACGGUAUAGCUUCAUGAUUGUUUCUUGUACUGAUGCUUGAAAAGAAUUUGUAAUAACCACGUAAUGAAAUUACUGUAACAACAUUUUACAACAUUAUAUAUAUAUAUAUAAUUAUAAAUAAGCAUACAUCUAAGGGCUUGUUACAAAUUUAAAGGCACUGAAACCCAAGUAUUACAAUUUUAAUUAAAAAUCUCUAGUCCCACUGGAACCAUCGUGUGAAUUUACAUCCAAGCACAAGCGGCGGCAGCGCAGGACUCGCGCCGUAAUAACCUUUUGCUAUUUCAAAAAUCUGCUAUGCUUUGUUUUUAUUUUUGCCGCAUUUUAUAAUCAUAUUAUGUAGUAGAACAUAAACAUUUUGCAUUCUGUUUAAAACUGUCUUCUUAGCUGCAGACAAUAGAAGCGCUCAAUUAAUUACCCUAUAACCUCAGAAAAGGCUUGCAGAAAUCGAAGGGUGCAUAUUGUUUAUAUUUGAUAUUACUACUAUAGCUUUGUACAUUGUUUCUGAUAAGCGAUGGGAACUGUGUCUAUCUGAUAAUAAAAUGAUUUGUAUUAUA